AUGAACAACAGGGCAAAGGGACCGUUAAUGGUCAUGAUAAGGGCUAAAAUAAAAGGUGUUCGUAGUGACAUUAACUUUUCACUUGCUCCAUCACGUCAUAUCCUGGUCACUUUAUUUUUGAUUUCACAACAUCUGAGCCGUCUCAUCAUUAGUCCCGGGGCUCAGCCAGAGAAAGAGGCAGCAGGAGAUUGCUUCCCAAUGCCUGUGUAUGGUCUGAACGCCAUUCUCCAGAUGGCAGUUACUUCCAGCCUGCUGCUGAUCAUGGCGUCGCUUGGAGUUGGGAGUGUUGACUUGCCCAAGCCCACCCUGUCUAUGGAUCCACCGUCAAGCAUUAUUCUUCCAGGAGAGGAAUUUUCCCUCACCUGUCACUUCCCUUUCACCGACUGCCAUGGCGAUUUUUACCGAAAUGAGGAACUGUCGAAAGGGACCUUCUUUGGGAAGAACCACACGGCCGUCAUUCAUAUCCGUCAAGAAACAACCUGGAAAGGCCUUGAGAGCUACAACUGCAAGUAUAGAAAGUACUUCAGUGAUACCAGGACCUGGUUACGUUCAGAGUUCAGCGAGCCGGUACAGUUCACAGUAACAGGUGAGCUUCCGAAGCCCACAGUCUCGAUGGAGCCAGCCUCUGGUGUGGUCACAGUGGGGGAGCGAGUCCGCAUUAAGUGCUCCGCCACCUACCCAAGCCACAUCUCCCGCUUGUACCGAACACAUCACCAGACGCCCAUUGAUACACAGAAUGUUUCAGGCUCAGAUUGGUCAGUCAACUUCACCAUCACAGACGCCGACACAAAUGACAGUGGACAAUACAACUGUACCUCCGAGAGAACGGUCUCUGGGACAGCAUAUGUGUCGCCGCCUAGUGACUCCCUGGAUUUAACUGUGAAAGAUACACUCCCUGUGCCCCACAUCACGGUGGAGCCACCCUCUGGGGUGGUCGGCAGAGGGGUCCCCUUCCGACUGAAAUGCACGGGAUCAAUUCUCCGCUCUGGUGGCCGUUUCAACUUCUACAGGGAUGGUGAGGGGGAGUGGGCAGUGGACGUGCAUGGAUUUGUCCAGUCUGCCUCCUGCACCAUCAAUGGGAUGAAUACAACUGGGACAGUGAAUUACACCUGUGGCUACGCGAGAAUAGUAAAGGAGACAGUCUAUCCCUCACCCCGCAGUGACCCGGUACAGGUCACCGUGACAGGUGACAAUGUAAUAGACCAUGUAUCUGAAAUCCGUUUAUGCCUUCUCGUCUUUGUCCUCGUUGGGAUUGGGAUUAUCCUGGGAAUAGAGUUUAACCAGUGCAAGUCAAAGAAGGAUGUUGAUGGCUGUGUUGUGAAUGAAAGAUGUGCUGAGGUAACAGGCAAUGAAGAGACUGCAGUGUGAGCAUUUGACAUUUAAGAUAUCCUAUCACUAUUUUAACAAAGGAGUGAUUAUGAUAACAACAACCACAACAACUUCACCUCAUCUCUCCCUAUGCCAAGGAACUGAAUGUGUUAUUUCGGUUUAUUUUCGAACUGCUUGUUUCAAACUGUUAUUUGUCUUCACUCACAUGUAUUUAUAUAUCAGAUUUUAGCCAGCAAAGCACAUUCAACUAUUUAUGUAACAUGUGUUCUGGUGCGUAUUGAGAUAUACUAGGCCACGAGAUACAGGCGAGAUCCCAGAGGACUGGAUGUCUGCCAACACGGUAACAUUACAUAUAAAGGGAGCAAGGUGCUUGACUUUGGUGGUGGGAGAAUUAUUGGAGACAAUUCUGAAAGACAGGAGAAAUUGUGAGUUAGCAAGACACGGAUUGGUCAGGAAUAGUCAGCAUGGUUUUAUUAGGGGAAGAUCGUAUCUUGUUAAAUUAAUUUAAUUUUUCUGAGGAAGUAGCUAGGAGGAUUGAUGAGGGUAGUUUAGUGGAUGUCGUCUACAUGGGUUUCAGUACAGUAUUUGAUAAGGGCCUACAUGUCAGACUGGUCAGGAAAGUGGGAUACAGGGGAAGGGGACAGGUUGGAUCUAAAAUUGGCUCAGUGACAGGAAACAAAGGGUAAUGGCCGAUGGAUGUUUUUGCAAAUGGAAAACAGUUUCCAGUGGCGUUCCACAGGGCUCAGUGUUGGGUCCCUUGCUGUUUGUCGUACAUACUAAUGAUUUAGGCAUAAGUGUGGGAGGCAUGAAUAGCAAGUUUGCAGAUGACACAAACAUUGGCUGUCUAGUUGAUAGUGAAGAGGAUAGCUGUCGAUUCCAGAUUGAUGUCAAUGGUUUGGUUCAGUGGGUGGAGAAGUGGCAAAUGGAGCUCAAUUCGGAAAAGUGUGAGGUAAUGCAUUUUGGGAGGGCAAACAAAGCUAAGGGAUACUCACUACAUGGGACCUUAUUGAGAUUGAUGCCCUGGUUUAUGCCGUCUAAGUGGGAGCGACGUUUUGAAGAGAAUUCCAUGGUGAGUUCUUCAAAUGUGGAUAUUGGAAACCAUCGUGAGAAAGACAAAGUUUCCUUGAAACGGAUUGGCUCAGAAUGUAACACAUGUUUGGGUGCGUUAAUGAAAUGCCAACCCAAUCUGGUUUGGUCUGGUCACAUCUAUCACUUGUUUUCAUGCGCCUGACAACAGUUCACCUGUUUAGUCACACCUGCCUUAUACUUGCCCUUUGUUUAUCUGUCUGAAUGAGCAUGUGUCUGUAAAGAUGUUGCUGGGGUAAAGGAGUAAUGUGAUAUUAAUCAUUUUCUUGUAUUGGUAUUAACAUCCUUCCAAUCUUUUCGUCUGCUGUAAUAUAAUUCAUUUUUACUGUUUAUUAUUAUUUUUUUUAAUUUGUGUUAAUAAUUCAUCAACAGAUUAUUGAGUUUGUUCGGCAACUUUCUACCACAGUUUUCCAGGGAAAAAAAAUAAAGUUAGAAUCUAUCGA